AUGACUUCAAAGGCGAUGCUUCAAACGAACCAGGACACAAAUUCAAACGAUGCGAACCUCCACGUGUGGCCAGUGAAGAGGGAUAAGCAAACCGUGGAAGCAUAUUGGCAUUGGUUCAACUUUGGCAGGUAUAUGCUUCGGUAUUCACAGACCGACGCGGAUAAACAGCUCGCCGUUAGCCUCUCCAACGACACGGCCGACGCAGAUAUGAGAACACGACCUUGCCUACUCGAUGCAAGUAACGAUAAAACACAAUUGUGGGACGUUGCACAGUGGAAGCCGAACAACACGUACGGGUUCAUCAGCGUCCACAAUGGAACCAAGUUUCAUCUAGAAUGUAUUCCUAAUGGGCCAGUGUUUAUGAGUUCAGAUGUCGACGACACUUGGUAUCAGACGCGACAGCACUGGCUUAUGACAGGUGUAUCAAGCGUGACCGACAAGGCGUUCAACACCACAGUUUCAGAGGCUUCUCCUCCAAUUCAUCUAAAGACAACCCCACUUCGACCGCUGGUUCAGAAUCAUCGUCUUCAAACGGAAACAUUUGAAGAUGAAGGUCGAAGAGCAGGUCAAGUAGAAGGUUGA